AUGAAGAAUGUCGUUGACAAUCGGAGCGGCGUCUCCUCCACUGCAGAGUGUGCGGGAAGUGGUAAAGGUCUGCGACACUUCGGGUUUUCCAUCCUAUUCCAUCUGAAUUGUUCAGGUGCCAACAGGAUCUACAGUCCCAUAGAAGACAUGUGCAUUGAGGUCAUGACAACCACAAAACCUUGGCCUAAAGCAGACAGCACGUGUAAGAUCCGAGGUGGUCGACUGAUAGUAGCGGACAGUGAAAGAAAGUUCAACUUCAUUAAGACAACGCUACAAGAAUCAGCUGUAUGGAGGACCACCAAUUACUGGAUCGGCCUGAGUGAUGAACCUGUGGCGAACGGAAUAUUCAUCUGGUCGGAUGGGACGCGGGCUAGCUACACCAACUGGAUACCUGGCGAGGGAAAGAGUGCCACAGAGUUCUGUGUCGAGAUGGUCCGGUCACGUGACUACCAGUGGAACGACAACCCUUGCUGGGCUCCACUGAGAUUCAUCUGUGAAUACACCUAA